UUUAAUGGACUAUUUUUCAUCGUCUUUCGUUGCGUCAUUCUUGGUUGGUUUUUAAACAAAAUAUGUGUUAAUCCUAAGAUCCUUUGGACGUAGGAAUUUUCCAUGAAAAUACUUUAUCUAUGCAUUAAAAGAAGCUUUGAUUGUUCCUAUAAAACAUUUGUUUUUAUUAAAAAUAACGUUUUUCACUAUAUCUAUACUCGGUGCACCAGUUUUUUUUUAUUGUUUAGCAGCAUUAACAAAUUAUGUAAUAACUUAAAUGCACAAUAUGAUAUACUAGUAAAAGAAAAGAUUAGAAAAUAGUGCAAUAUUUUAAAAUGGAAGAUAGUUUUCUGCCACGUUACACAAUGGAAUAAAUUUUAGCAAAUUACUUUGUAAUCUACACAAGUCAUUUUUACCCAAUAACCAUAUUUUAAAGCUCUAUAUUCAUUCUUUCCGACUGUAACUUGUGUAUUUGUUUGGCAACCUUCGUGAUAUUUUCGAGAAAAAUAUUUAAAAUAGGAAUACACAGAUUAUAGAAUAUUCUCAGGAAGAUACUCCAACUAGAAAAGUAGACUAUUCUAUUAAAAAUGUGUAAUGAUUGGACAAUCAUGUUGAAAAUUGUAAUUAUCUUUGCGUUAAUUUCACUGAUCAAUUAUAGUGAAACUUGUGUUCUUACUAACGCUGAUGUAGUAAAAUUAGAAGAAUCUUUAAUAUCAGCAGUGUAUGAUAUGGAAAAGAAAUCAUUAAAUGAGGAUGCGAUAAUUUGCGUGGGUACCACCAGAGCUGGAAAAAGUACAUUAAUUAAUUACUUAAUGGGCAAUCCAUUAUUAAGUAUAUCCAAAUCGAAUUACGGUGAUUAUAAAAUCAUUAAAGCAGACAAUAUAACUAGAGGCCCAGAAAUUGGUGCUGGACCAAAUUCAAAGACUACAAUACCCACAGAAUGGAAUUCAUCAUUAUUGCCUGGUUUAAAGAUAUGGGAUUCACCUGGAUUUGAUGACACUAGAGGUACAAUACAGGAAACCACUAAUUCCUUUUAUAUGUAUCAAUUAAUGAAAAAUAUCAAAUCCAUAAGAUUUGUUUUAGUUACUGACUUUCACGACAUUAAUAAGUCUAGUUUAACUUCACUUUCAAAUCUAUUAAAUAAUCUUCUAAAAUUUUUUGAUGACACAUUUGAAGACUUUUUUCCAAGCAUAACAUUUAUUUUAUCAAAAGUACCUUACAUGAUUAAUGAUGUUCCAGUCAAUAUUGAAUACAUAAACUACACAUUGAAUGAUAAAUUGUCUUCUAUAACUAAAUUAAAUUACAGCCCAAUUUUCAUAAAGUUUUUAAGAAACAUAGUAACAAAUAACGAUCGUAUUGGACUAUUCAGGUCCUCAAAUAAAGCUGGGAUUAUUACAUCCGAUAUUGAGUUGAACAUUUUUUCGGCUAUUAAAAAGUCCAAAGGCAUACCGAGAAAAAAUUUUCAAAAUAUAGGUUCCAGUGUUUCAGAUCAAUCAUUGCUUUGCCUGCAGUCUAUCGAAGAUCGGUUCAUAAAACGUUUAAACAUUUUGAAAUUAAAUAAUUAUUUAUUGAAUAUAAUCUAUAAUAAAACAAGUAACUGUGGCGAAUUGGUUAAGAAUAAAAAUAUGACUGCAUUACAUGCCAUUCGAAAAAACUUAACUGAUAUUAAAACUUUGAUAAAUAAAAGAAUGAUAAAUGAAAACAUAUAUAAAAAUAUUGAAACCAUCGAAAUAAUUGAUAUCAGAAUGAGGGAAAUAAUUAAGGAAAGACAAUUGUUGUGUCAAAUUAAAAUAAUAAAAUUUAUUUCUCAGUUAUUAAAUUCAAAUAUAUUUAAAAUCUUUAAUGACUCUAUUACAGAUCUUAUAAAAUCUUUACAAACAACAAUUGAAGGUGAGAUUAUACAUACGUCAAUGUUAAUUAACGAUCUAAAUAUUAAUGACUCUAUGAAGUCAGUUAAAACUCAAAGUAAAUCAAAACUCAAAUUUAUAUUGACGUUUGAAUUGUUUGGUACGCUUGUAUUUUCUGUUCUCAAAUCCAUUUAUUCGUCAAUAGUUAACAGAUAGCUACUCCAAAAAUUAGAUCUUUUCACUCGAAAUAUUGAUAUUGUCAUAAGUUAAGACUUAAGAUUCCUGUCUUAAAUGAGUAGAUCAAUAAAUAAAAUUUAUUUUAAUUUUCUUUUAGUUUUCUAGCAUUAUUAUAGGACAACACAAAAUACAUACAUUCUGAAAAUUUUUUCACAAAUUUGAACUGUAUGAAAAAAAGGAAAUGAAUAAAUAAAUGUUCUUAUCUG